GACAGCGGCGGCGGCGGAGGAGCGCGCGCAGACUCCUCCUCGUCUCCGGUGUCAAAGUUUGACAUCAGCCCGCGAGCCCCCCAGAAUGGUAACUGGCGCGGCAGCCGGAGCGCGCACAUCAGCGGCAUGCUCGGCGGAGUUAUGCGCCUCUCGCUGCCCUCUCAAGCGCUGCCAUGGAUCGCGAGCUCGGCGCCUUCCUGCUCACCGUCUUCUCGCUCGUGUGCCGAGGACAGCUCACCGGGUACCCGUCCAACGAAGUUAACCUGCUAGAUUCGAAAGCGAGCCAAGGGGAACUGGGAUGGAUUUCCUAUCCAGCGCACGGGUGGGAGGAGAUCAGCGGGGUGGACGAACACUACACGCCUAUCCACACCUUCCAGGUGUGCAAUAUCAUGGAAUACAACCAGAACAACUGGCUGAGGACCUCCUGGAUUCCACGCAAGUCAGCACAGAAAAUAUAUGUGGAGCUCAAGUUUACCUUGAGAGACUGCAACAGUAUCCCGCUGGUCCUGGGCACCUGCAAGGAGACAUUCAACCUGCACUACCUGGAAACAGACGAGGACCAGGGGGCCUUGUUCCGGGAGCACCAGUUCUCCAAGAUCGACACUAUCGCGGCCGAUGAGAGUUUCACACAGAUGGACCUAGGAGACCGCAUCCUCAAACUCAACACAGAGGUGCGGGAGGUAGGGCCCAUCACCAGGAAAGGCUUCUACCUGGCCUUCCAGGACUUGGGGGCCUGUGUGGCAUUGGUCUCAGUGCGCGUCUACUUUAAGAAGUGCCCCCUCAUGGUGAGGAACCUGGCCAUCUUCCCCGACACGGUGCCCAUGGACUCCCAGUCCCUGGUGGAGGUGCAGGGCUCCUGUGUCAACAACUCAAAGGAGGAGGACCCACCCAAAAUGUACUGUAGUACUGAAGGGGAGUGGCUGGUGCCCAUUGGCAAGUGCCUGUGCAACACUGGCUAUGAGGAGCGUGGGUACUCCUGCCAAGCCUGUCGACCUGGAUUCUACAAGUCCUCCUCUGGGAGCAUGAAGUGCUCCAAGUGUCCCCCAAACAGCCACACCUACCAGGAGGGGUCCGUCCGCUGCACCUGUGACAACAACUACUUCCGCUCGGAGGGAGAUCCUGCGUCCAUGGCUUGCACUCGGCCACCCUCAGCUCCCCGGAAUGUCAUCUCUGUCAUCAAUGAGACUUCAGUCAUACUGGACUGGAGUUGGCCAUCUGACACGGGUGGCAGGAAGGAUGUGACCUUCAGCGUGGUGUGCAAACGUUGCGGGCUGGGCCGACCGCCAUGUGAGCCGUGCCGGGGGUCCGUGCGCUUCCUUCCCCGGCCCACGGGUCUUAGCAACACUACAGUCACCGUGACUGAUCUGCUGGCACACACCAACUACACUUUCGAGAUCGAGGCACUCAACGGGGUGUCCGCCCUUGCACCCUCUCACCGCCAAUUUGCCGCAGUCACCAUAACAACCAACCAAGCAGCUCCAUCUCCUGUUACAGUCAUCAGGAAGGACAAGACAUCCCGAAACAGUGUCUCCUUGUCCUGGCUGGAGCCGGAGAGGCCAAAUGGCAUCAUCCUGGACUAUGAGGUCAAGUACUACGAGAAGCAGGAGCAAGAGACGAGCUAUACCAUCCUGAGGUCCAAGGGCACCAACGUGACCCUCAGUGGGCUGAAACCUGACACCAGCUACCUGCUGCAGAUACGGGCACGUACAGCCGCGGGGUACGGGACCAGCAGCAGGAAAUUUGAGUUUGAAACCAGCCCCGACUCCUUCUCCAUCUCCAGCGAGAACAGCCAGGUGAUGCUCAUUGCCGUCUGCUCCGCUGUGGGCAUCAUCUUCCUCACGGUGGUGGUCUACAUCCUCGUCAGCAGGUUUUGCGGCCAAAGCAAAUCGAAACAUCCUGGUGAAAAGAGACUGAACUUUGGCAACGGUCACUUGAGACUUCCAGGUGUCAGGACUUACGUGGAUCCGCACACUUACGAAGACCCGAGUCAGGCCGUCCAUGAAUUUGCCAGAGAAUUGGAUGCCUCUGGUAUAGCUAUUGACAAGGUGGUUGGUGCAGGUGAGUUUGGAGAAGUGUGCAGCGGGCGCCUGAAGCUGCCCUCAAAGAAGGAGAUCUGCGUGGCGAUCAAGACCCUCAAGGUGGGCUACACCGAGGAGCAGAGGCGGGACUUCCUGAGCGAGGCGAGCAUCAUGGGACAGUUUGACCAUCCCAACAUCAUCCGACUGGAAGGGGUAGUCACUCGAAGUAAACCCGUCAUGAUUGUUACAGAAUACAUGGAGAAUGGCUCCCUGGACAGCUUCCUGCGGAAGCACGACGCUCAGUUCACGGUGAUCCAGCUGGUGGGCAUGCUGCGUGGCAUCGCCUCGGGCAUGAAGUACCUGUCAGACAUGGGCUACGUGCAUCGAGACCUGGCCGCCCGCAACAUCCUGGUCAACAGCAACCUGGUGUGCAAGGUGUCCGACUUCGGGCUGUCGAGGGUCCUGGAGGACGACCCCGAGGCUGCCUACACCACCAGGGGAGGAAAAAUCCCAAUCAGGUGGACCGCGCCGGAGGCCAUCGCCUACCGCAAGUUUACUUCGGCCAGCGAUGUGUGGAGCUACGGCAUCGUGCUCUGGGAAGUGAUGUCCUACGGGGAGAGGCCCUACUGGGAGAUGUCUAAUCAGGAUGUGAUCAAGGCGGUGGACGAGGGAUACCGUCUGCCCCCUCCAAUGGACUGCCCAGCCGCCCUGUACCAGCUCAUGCUCGAUUCCUGGCAGAAGGAGCGCAACAACCGACCCAAGUUCACCGACAUCGUCAGCUUCCUGGACAAGCUGAUCCGGAACCCGGGGAGCCUGAAGGUGAUCGCCAACACCGCCUCCAGGCCGUCAAACCUCCUGCUGGAGCGCAGCGGAACAUCGGACGUUACCACUUUUCGGUCGAUGGGGGGUUGGCUGGACAGCGUGCGGACCCUGCCGUGCCGGGACGCCUUCGGCGGGGUGGGCUACAGCUCCUGCGACACUCUGCCCAAGACCUCCGCCGAGGAAUUCAAAAAAGUUGGCGUGACGAUCGCAGGACCUCAGAAGAUUGUGAGCAGCAUCAGGACGCUUGAAGCACACGCCAAGAAUGGCCCCGUUCCCGUGUAGGCCCACGAGAAUCUGGUGCCGCUUUUGCUGAAAUGGACAGAAAUGCAGUACUUAAUGAGAGGGGGAGGUAGAAGAUGAAACGUAGUGAUGCUAGUGUGGAGCACGGCUUCCCCGGAGAGCGUCCUCUUACCCGAGACUUGCGACAGUGAAUGCAUGACCCUCGACAACCCCUCUCCAAUCCCCCAGAAAAGGAGGUCCCUUGCAAUGCAUUAACAGGAAGAGAAUGGUUUCUGCAUGGCACCAGUGACCCUGGCAGCGGGGCCUGUGUCUCGCAGUUACACGACUGUGUCCGCGGCGCAUUCCAGGAGAGCGGCUAACAGGAAACCAUAAAUGUCAAGAGCAAAGCCAGACGUGUCCGAGCGGUAACCACCAAAAGCUCUUAAGAGACGUUGAGGGAGUGCUUAACUCCUUUCCGAAAUGCAGACUAAAAAGAACGGCUCCCCCCCGGCGCAGGCAGCACCUGGACCCCAAGAUAAAUUAACUUUCGCUAGCACGUUCAGUCACCAGUUCCUCCCCUCCGGAGAGGAGACUGGCUUUCUGUCAGGACAGAUCGGCCUUCCGUCUUCGCCGCUCCACGUGGCCAUUUGAUGCUGCGUGUGCCUGGUGUGGGCUCUGAGAAAGCUGGGCCGCUGGAACCCAAAAAGCCAUUUGAAACUCGAGAUCCGGCGAGGUGAAGGACUCGUCACCUGUGGUCUCUGAUAAACAUGCAUUCUUAGGAUCGAGACGGUGGUUUUUGUCUUCGUUCGCUCAUGUUUGUAUAUAUGUGACACGGUCACUGACAUCAUCAUGCCAAUGCGUGUGUGUAUGUGUGUGCGUGGGAAAGGUGCAGGGCUUUCAAAGGUGCCAUUUAUGAAGUCCACCAUUUCUUUCAGGGAUUAGUUGCCACUUUUGUGAUUUUCUUCAGAAUAAACUCACAGCUAUUCGUCUAGAUAGGAGGGACAUGCACACAUUUUUGUCAACACCUUGUUCAGAAACUGCAUCUUACCCAUUUGUUUAUGUCCGUGUUCUUUGCGUAUAUUACACCUGGAUCAAGUUCAUAGGUAACUGAGGAACUCCAGAGAUGCUCAUAUUUCAUGGCUCACAGAAGCAAUUGAAAUUUUGUUUAUUGAUUUUGGACAUGGCUCAGUUUCCAUUCAGCACAAAUGACUCAGUAAACAUUGCAGUGUUUGGCUUUGGUUGUAAUUCAUCAGAAUUGCUGCUCUGAUUGCUCAGAUCUCUAGAUUAACUUAGCCCAAGGAGCACCUUGCUUAUUACCAGGGGACAUUUUAUGUGAAGAGCAGACGUACGUUAAGCAAAUGCUGCUUAUUGCUUCUUGGCAUUGAAUUGCGGGGCUGAAGUCUGUCUACUGCCUGAUAGCUGCAAAAUGCUGAGGAAGCUGGAAUCAAGCCUGGUGUUCCACAUCUAGAAAGAGGAACCCAGCUGGAAGGUGUCCCUCCAGGACCAGUGCUGGGGAUGCAUUGGACCGCCUUCUGUGAGCCAGAGGGGCCCUUUAAGAGCAGAUGGAGGUGGACUGAUGUCUUAUUCUCGACAACGCCUUUCCAUAUUUCAGGACCUCUGUUUAUAAUCAGGAUCAGCUCAUUUGGUUCCCAGCUGCCUAAACCAUUGUCUUGUUUUGUAAAGUCUUGCUUUUUUUAAAAAAAUGAAAUGAAUAAAAUGCUUAUUUAAAGCUAAAAUUCAUCUCACUUGAUCUAUGUCACUAAAAAAGAAAAAAAAACGAAACAGUUCUGCAAGACGUAGGUAGCCAUUUUCAUUUUCAUGUUUUCGUGUCAUCUUU